AUGUCCGCGGUUCGUCCCGGCAACGGACGAGACUUCAAGGCCGGGGAUUGGAAGUGCCCAGCCUGUGGCGAUCAUCAGUUUGAGCGCAACGCGAGCUGUCGCAAGUGUGGCGAACCCAAACCGCUGGCCGGCAACAGCGGUGGCCCCACCAUCCGCGGCCCUGCCGGGGUGCUCCUAGCAGACAUUCAGGCGAGAGCUGCCGUGGCCCCGAGCAGAGGGGGAACGAGCAGCUUCAUGCCGGGCGACUGGAGCUGCCCGGACGGUGGCGACCACCAGUUCGGCCGCAACGAGCACUGCCGGAAGUGUGGCACCGCACGGCCGGACGUGCCCAGCAGGCGCCUGUUCGUGCGGGCAACAACCUAUCGAUGA